AUGAGCUUACGAGGCACUACAGAAAACACACAGGGGCAAAGCCAUUUAAAUGCAACCACUGUGAAAGGUAAGCUAUUGUUACAUCAUUAUGUAAAUGGAAACCAUAUUCUGGGGGUAGUCAACCUUGGUAGUCCAGCUGUGGUAAAACUACAAAUCCUGUCAGGCCUCUAA